AUGUCGGCCUCAGACCUCUCGAUGUCUCAGCCCCCCGAGACGAGGGACCUCCAUAAUAACGAAGAUGUUGAGACGCCCGUAGCCGCUACUUUGACCGAUCUCUCCGCCCAAACACAGGAGGAAACCUCGAAGCCAGAUAACAACCAAACCGGCGAAAUGGGUCAUGAAAAGGCAAAAGAGCCACUGGUAUUAGUUGACCCCUCCGAUUCCGCUCCGAAAUCUUCGACAACAGCUCCCCAGCCCUCAUCACUACUUGAUCAAGAGCCACUUGCGGGGCAGAUGGAAAGCCUGUCGAUCUCAGGAAAUACGGUGCCAGACCAGUCACCCAGCGCGAAUGCUCCUCCUCCACCUACUCCUCCCGAAAAAGACGAUGUUUACCUCAACUCAGCCUCCGCGGCUCCUGCGCGAACACUUCCGCCUAUCGAUACAAGCUCCGCCGGUCCCGAGAAAGAGCUCCCAGAUGUGCCUGGCCGGAAUGAUACAGAGACAAAUCAGGCUGGUCAAGGCGAAGAAGCUCGAGAGGAUAAUGAUUCUCAGCCAGAGAUUCAAAAUAUUAUGGGGCAAUUCCAAGACCCCGCGCGAAGCUUCGACCAACAAGAAAUUAUGUCUCCGCGACUCGAACUUGCUGAUCAGUUCCGCGGUCCCGGCUAUUUCCCGCCGCGCAAGUCGAGUCUUGAUCCUGCGCCCCAGGCUGAAUCUGCAACUUCUCCUAUAGGUACAUCGCCAGAGAGCCAGGCAUUACCCAAAGUAUCCCACAAGUCUGUUGCUCAUGACGAGUCGAUGUCAACUCGGCGGUCGUCUACCUCCACCGUUCCACCGAUGCCGGAACCUGAAUCAGACAAGCCCUUUGACUUCCACCGGUUCCUCGAACAACUGCGUCACCGUACUGCCGACCCGGUGGCUAAGUUCUUACGCUCAUUCCUUAUGGAGUUUGGAAAGAAGCAAUGGAUGGUCCAUGAACAGGUCAAAAUUAUCAGUGAUUUCUUGACAUUUAUUACGAAUAAAAUGGCGGUAUGCGAAAUAUGGCGGGAUGUGUCAGAUAGCGAGUUCGACAACGCCAAAGAAGGCAUGGAGAAGCUUGUUAUGAACCGUUUGUACUCCCAGACUUUCGCGCCAGCCAUCCCGGCCCCCCAACAAUACCCAGAAGCGCAAGCCGGAGCCGACGGAGAGAGCUUGAGCGGCUUCAUGGGCCCUGGCGUCGAGGCCAGCACCAAGAGGACAUCGAACGAGAUGAUAUCCUGGCCCAGAAGAUUCGCAUCUAUGGCGCAGCAAGAAUUAUCAAAAAUUAACGGCUACCGGGCUCCCCGAGAUAAGGUGAUCUGCAUCCUGAAUUGCUGUAAGGUCAUCUUUGGUCUUUUGAAGAAUACUAAAAAGGCCGAUACAUCCGCCGACUCUUUCAUCCCUCUCUUGAUCUAUGUUGUUUUGCAUGCAAACCCGGAUCAUCUCGUCUCCAACAUCCAAUACAUUCUACGUUUCCGCAACCAAGACAAACUCGGCGGGGAAGCAGGAUACUACCUGUCGUCUUUAUCUGGAGCCAUCCAAUUCAUCGAGACACUCGACCGCACCAGUCUUACCGUUAGAGACGAAGAAUUCGAAACCAACGUCGAGGCUGCAGUCUCUGCCAUCGCAGAACAAAACCGUGAAUCAGAAACCUUACAAGAAAAAGCCUCAACCCAACCCCCCUCCCAACCUCAAGCCGGCCCAAGCCGCAAAGACGCCCCCCAGUUCAGUAGCGACGACGACACUUCCGCCCCCGUCGCAGGAUUACUCCGCACCAUUCAAAAGCCUCUCUCCACAAUCGGUCGCAUCUUCUCCGAUGACGGUGAUGCCGGCCCUUCAGCCCAAGACCGACCUCAACCCGUUCCCACCCCUCAGCCUGGAGUCGCUCCACCCCGACUCACCCCUAACGUCUACCAACCCCCGCGCACAAGCAGCGAGGAACGCCGUCGGUCCGGCGACGAGCGCUCCGGCCCUAUCCGCCACGGCAGCGGAGCAUCUGCUAAAAAGAACUUAACCCGUGUGCUCGAUGCCCAGGACGCGGCAGCCCGCCAGGCUAGCGCCGAGGAUGCCGAAGCGCGCCGUAUCCAGCGCAAAGAACAUAAUAAUGUUGUCGAGACGCUGUCCAACAUGUUCCCCAACCUGGACAAGGAUGUCAUCGACGAUGUCGUUAAGAUCAAACAGGGCAGGGUUGGUCUCGCCGUGGAUGCAUGCCUUGCUCUCAGUGCCGAGUAA